AUGCAAGUUACUAGUUUUCUUUUCCCUAUAAUACUUCAUUUAUCUUUGGUAUUGACCCAUACUGUAACUCAAAAUACUGUUGACUAUGGCACAUUAGAUUUAUCCCUAAAUGAUGUUGCUAUCAAUCCAGACGUUUAUUGGUCCAUUAUUAAUAAUGAAGAUACUUCAAUUGUGGGUGAUCUUAAAAUUGCUAAUGGAGCCGGAUUUUAUGUCAGUAGUACAUCUACUUUGAUCGGUUUGAACAUAGGUAUUACAGGAGAUACGGUCGUUAAUGAUGGUAUAAUAUCAUUUAAUUCCAUUCAAAGCUUUAUUGCAAGUGAUUAUGUUAUAACGGCUGCUAAAAGUUUUGUCAAUAAUGGGAACAUCUAUAUGGGUACAAAUGGAGCUGCUGGAUUUGGUGUACUUUCUAUUGAAAGUGCAAGUGUUACUAACAAUGGGUUAAUGGUAUUUCAUCAAUCACACAAUUCAGGUGGGACAGUUACUAUAGGUGGAUCUAAAUUGGUAAAAGGAAUAACCAAUGAUGGUCAAAUCUGUUUAUAUAACGAUGUAUUGGUACACAGUUUAAAUAUAGAAGGUAAUGGUUGUAUUAGUGCUCAGGCCAAUUCUACAAUUUAUAUGAAUAACCCUCAAUCAACAUUUAAUGGCCAAGAUAUUUAUUUGGCAGAUAAAGAUUCCAGUCUUAUUGUAACACCAUCAGCAUCAUCUAGAACGAUUAAUAUUUAUGGUUUUGGUAACGGGAAUAUGAUUUCAUUAUCUACAACUCUAAAUCCACUCACAACAAUCCCUUUCACUGGUGCAGUUCGCUCAACAUCCUAUACAUAUAAUCCUACCACCGGAGUGUUAAUACUUUAUUCGUCGAUCGCUAAUCAAGCUUUCCAUAUUGGUCAAGGUUAUGUCAGCAAUGCAUUUUCGGUAACUACAAAUUGGAAUGCUGUUGGUGCAGGUGUAGUUUUGACCCACAAUGCAGUCACUUAUUCGUUAGCUCCACCAGCAGCUGCAACAAAGCCAGCAAAUUGUGCAUUAUGUUCUUCACUCCCUACUAUACCGGGUAUCUCUGGAAAACAAUAUAUAACUACCUUUUAUGCAACAACUGAGGGUCAGAUUUGUACUGAAGUUGAUAAUGUAAUUAUUACAUCAGAUGGUCUGGGAAAUUUUUAUACAACCACGUCUCUGAUUAAUGCAUCUUGUUCCUCAACCAGUGCAUCUUAUACUAGAUAUUCCACUUCAUUUGCUACUACUGAAUCUGACGGAUUUGUUACCAGAGAAUCAGUUGAGACGACAAACCACUCAGGAGAAUUAUAUACAACGACUUCUUUAUUCCCUACUUCAAGUGGCAUUGAUCUUACCCCUACUAAUUCAUUUUCUGAGUCUGUUUCAAACGUCAGAACCUCAUAUCAAGCCACAUCAACAGCAGUAUACCCUAGUGUAAUUCAAUCCAGCUCAUUAAAGAAAGCUUCCGCUUCUCCAUCUAACUUAUCAACUUCGAAAAUUUCAAAAUCAUCCUCACUUGUAAGUUACAGGAAACCAAUCAAAUCUUUGAAUUCGAUAACUAUCCGUGAAUCGCUGAAAUCGAAAGGGUAUGCUUCUGAAUACUCUACUUCUGAAGCCAAAUAUGCAAGUUUAUCAGCUGUAACAUCAAGUAUGGCAAUCGCAUCAUCAACUUCAGUUAUUGGAACUUCAGAUCUUCCAAGCUCGAUUGUUUUGUCGUCAGCCAAAGCUUCUGAUGAUUCAAGUUUGUCUUUUACAUCUUCCAAGUCAUCAGUUGUUUCCGUUUCAAAAUCUUCAUUUGUGCCCUCAUCUGUAUCUUCAGGUGCACCUAGUGAAUCGUCGUAUCUUAGAUUUCCUAAAACAUCCCCUCAGUCAUCACAAUCAUCUUUCGCUCCUUCAGUUUCAUCAUUUCAAUCUUUAAAUUCCUCAAUUGUAUUCGAAGCUACCCAGCUGUUGAUUACUUCUACGAGUUUGUCCUUUCAAUCUUCCAAUAGUUCUGUUUUAUAUCCAACAAGCUCAAUUGACUCGACAACCCCAUCAAUGCCAACCUCGAGUGUUUACGGUUCAUCUUCGACUAGCUCAAUUAUGUCUUCAAAUCCAUCAGAUGCUGCAUAUGGUAGCACAGUUAUAUUUUCGUCAAACAUAUCCCUUAGAUCUUCGAGUUCAUUUUUGGAAGCUUCAAGUACAUCAGUUAUAAAUCCAGAGAGCUCAGUAAUAUCACAAACAAGCAUAUAUAUGGAAUUUAAUUCAUCAAUUACUUCUAGAGCAUCAGUUGGCUCUUUUAAGCCAUCGGGUACAUCAUCUAACGAUUUUGUUGGGGUCACUGUUUCUUCAACUUAUUCUUCAAGUAAUUUAGUGUUGUCGAUAAGUAGACCAGACCUGUCGUCUUCUAUCAAUUCCAGCGGACCUUCAACUUCAUCAAAUAUCUCUUCAAGAGGAUUCAUUAAAUCUUCUACUUCUUCGAUUGAUUUGCCAAGUAGAUUAUUAUCUGCAACUUCAUCAGCUACUCCUUCAAUGGUGUUGGGUGAAUCUACAAGCUCAAUUGGAACUUCAAGCUCGUCAAUAAUAUAUUCAAGCACAUUUACAGCAACUAGUUCAUUUACUGAAUCUUCAAGCUCAAUGUUGAAACCCUCUAGUACAGCUACUAUGUUUUCUGGUUCAUUAGAGACGUCUUCAAUUGCCUUAGUUGCUACUUCAAGUUCACUGAUCACUGCUUCAAGUAUCACAACCAGAUAUUCGACCACCACGGUCACAUUUUCGAGCAACUCAAUUAAACGUUCAAGUUCAUCACUUAUUAUUUCAAGCAACCUGGUUAAAUUUGAAAGUUUGUUUAUUAAAUCUUCAAAAUCAUCAAUUGCUUCUAGAACUAUAUCGGCUGCCCCAUCUAGUGUCUUAGUUGAAUAUUCAACAAAAUCUUCUGUUUCAUUAAUAUCUGACAAAUUUACGGCUUCACCUGUCACUAAAUUGCCACUUGCUUCUACAAAAAGUUCUGGCAGGUCAUCAAUUUCAUUGACGACAACUACAAGUAUAUUAUCGAAUUCUUCUACUUCAUUGAUUACCUCUUUGAGUGGAUUAGUCGUGUCUUCAAAUUCAGCAGCUACAGAAACAUCAAGCAGAAAAGACAACCCUUCACUUGUUUUAUCAUCAAUAUCAAUUCAAUCUUCAAAUUUGUUAUCUGAAAGUGUAUCUAGUUUGACUUCAACUAGCUCGUCAGUUGAUUCAACAACUCUAACAGCUCCGUCAAGAUUAUCUAUUCCAAAGGAAUCAGAAUCAUCCACUUUAUCAAUUUCACCUUCAUCCGUACCGAUUCUGUCUUUGAGGGGUUCUAUUAACUAUUCGAAAUCAUCAAUAAUAUCAUCAAGUAUAUUCGUUAACUCUUUGAAUUCACAUGCUUCAACUUCAAGUUUGGCAAUAGGUUCGUCAAUUAGAUCUUUCGCUGCUUCUUCAUCAGAUAUUCAACCAAGAGUAUCGGUUACAUCUGCGAGUAGAUCGAUUAAAUCUAGUUCAGCAGUAGCAUUAUCAAGAGCAUCAGUUGUAUAUAGUACUUCUGCAGUUUUGUCUUGGGAAUCGGUUGUAUCUUCAGGUUCAUUGCAAACUUCAUCGCAAGUAGCAAGAUCAUCAAUAAUAUUAUCUGGUUCAUUGGCAAAAUCUUCAAGUGGAACAAUUUCAUUAGCUGAUAGCUCCCAUAAAAGUUCAAGUUCGUCACCGGAACCUUAUAGUUCAUCAGGAGGUAUAUCGAAUGCUUCUGUCGUGUCUUCCACUUCAUCGGUUAUUCCAUCUCGAUUGUCAAUUGUAUCAAUUAAAUCCUUAACUUCAUCAAUUGACCCAUCAAGCAGGUUAGUUGAAUCUUCUAGUUCAUUGGUUAUUCCGUCUAGACUGUCAGUUGCUUCUUUAAGUAGAUUCAUUAAAUCUUCGAGUUCGGUAGAUUCAUCUUCAAGUAGAUCAACUAUAUCCCGGGGCUCAAUAGUUGGUGCUUCCAGCGAAAUUGUUACUUCAUCAACUUCUUCAGUUACCCAGCCAAGUAGAAUAGUCAUAUCAUCAAGUCUAUCAAUUGAUUUUUCGACUUCAUUAGUUACAUCGUCAAAACUGUCAAGUAGAUCAUUUAAAUCUGCAGUUUCAUCGACUGAGCAGACAAGCAAGUUAAUUCAAUCCUCUAGCACACUAAUUCUUCCAUCUAGUCUGUCUGCUGCUUCUUUAAGCAGAUCUAUUGAGUCUAGUUCAUCGUUUGUAUUUUCUGUAUCAAUACAACCAUCAAACUCGGCAGUUGCUCCAUCAAAUAGUUCAGUUGUUUCUUCAAGUUCAUCAAUUACAUUUUCAACCUCUUCAAGUAUAAUUUCAUAUACUACAGGUGAAUCUAGCGGCAUUAUAUCGACAUCCUCAAUCUCGCUUAUUGAAUCUACCUGGGAUUCAGUUUCGAACUCCAAGUCUCUUGCGUUUCCAAGUUCGUCGACAAAAUCUCCCUGGAUGACAUCCUCAAGUGUUCUGAAAUCAUAUAUGCCUUCUCGUUCAUCAAAAGCUCAAACAAGCUCUCCUGUACCAGAACAGUCGGUGACUCGAGAAAGAAAUUUUGAUUCAAGCUUCUCUGCUGCAACUUCAGAUUCUAAUCGAUCAGAUAUUGAUAUCCAAACUCCAAUUAGUUAUUCAAUGUUCAAUGCUAUAAGUACACAAUUUACUAUGUACACGAGCAGCUUUGAAACCACAUUAUCAAAUGGGAUUGUCACUACUGAUUCCGGUAUCAUUAUUGUGACUGCUUACGAUGACAGAAAAAUAUACACAUCUACUUCUUUAUUUUACACUGCGGAUGAUCAAUCUUCCACCUAUAGUAGCAUAUUUACUACUACAGUUCCUGAUGGAUUUAUUACCAACAUAGGUGUAAAUUCCGUAAACUCAGGGCCCUUGGAAAGCUCUACUUCAACUUUAGUAUUCUCAACUUCAAUUCCACAUAUUGUUUAUGCCAGCGAAUCUACCAGUGUGGAUUAUAACAAAGCUGAGUCAAGUGAUUCCAGAAUUAUUACCAGUGCUGAUUUCUCGGCGGAAGUAUCCAUCGUUUUACCGUUAGCAAGAGAGAGUGAACUGAUCACUCCACUAUCAUCCAUUACAUCUUCGAAAAGACUGAAAUUACUUGAAUCAAACCUGCACAGUACAGUAACCCAUAUUGAUUUAAGAGUUUCAUUUUCGAGCAGUAAUAUCCUAUCAUAUCCAUCAAUCAAAUACUAUAAUACCUCAAGUUCAUUUUCCGAUGACUUUGUACAUUACGCCACUUCAUACACAUCUGAGCUUGUUGGUAGUUUUACUAUAGAUCUGGGUGAUGCAAUUGCUUCUACUAACUCAAAUGGAGAAUUUUACACUGCUACGUCAUUGUUCCAAGAUCGAUCUAGUGGAUACAUCAACGAAUUGGUGCAUUCCCCAACUGUCUUAAUUGCUUCUGAGAUUAUCACUAGUGACUCUAAUCAAGAACCACACACUGUAACUAGUUCGUUAACCGAAGAGACAUAUUUAUCAUCAGAUUCUAUAAAUACUGCUACACCUAGUAGUAAAGGUCUUGGCUUCACUCAUAUUGAAAAUAUUGAUCCUGUCCACGUUAUAAGUAGCUCAGUUAGCUCAGCAGGCUUUGCUAUGGCUCCAGUUUGGAACGCUAGUGUUGGAUGGGAAUUGCAAGUUGGUCGCACUCUAGGCUCCAAUUUUUCAUUAACAUUACCUAAUGUAUUUGGUUUCUACUCGCCAAACUACGGCAAGUCUAAACGUGAUUUGUAUGGGGAUAUUUUUCUUGAAGUUGACGGAAUUAUGUAUGCAAAAUGUAAUCCUGUGCAUGGAUCAUUGUUCAAUAGCAGUUCUUCUUUGGAAUGCACUAGUUUACAAGAUGUUAAUUCGCAAGUCAGUGGUAUUCUUCAUCUUCUUAUCAUGUUUAAUGUGGGUGGUUCAUCUAGAGACAGUGACAUAUAUAGCGCUGGUAAUUUAUCUAGUGGGACACAAACAAUCUCCUUCAUUACUGAUGAUGAUAGAGUCAUUCUGAAAGAGAUCUAUCUCAGUGGUGGAAGCGAAUCUCCUGAAGAUCCUGAAGAUUUUGUAUACUCUGUUAGAGCCAUGGAAUGGGAUAACAGUAAUAUCUAUUAUGUUCUUGCUGGGAAGUGUUCUUCGACAUUUGGAAACGGUAAGAUUUCAUUGACUUUAAGAGAAGGCAGAAUAAAUUGUGAUUCAUGGGAGGCUCGUAUUACAAAUAAUCUUAAUGACUGGUACUUCCCUAAAUCGUAUGAAACUUCAAGUACUAUAAACUUGGAAAGUUGUAAUGAAAAUGAAAUUGUUGUUAAUUAUUCCAAUGUGCCUGCAGGGUACAGAGUCUUCUUGGAUGUUAUUGGCCAACCUGAUGGAUAUGAAGUCAUUGCUGAAUACAGUGAUAUGCAUUCUUGUUUGGGUACUUUAACAUCUUCUACCACUACAUUGGCAGAAAGUUCUUCAACUUUCCUAUCCUCUGAUCAAGACGGCAGAGAUACUAUUCUUCCUGUCAUUACGAGUACAAGAGAUUCAGAUAGUUAUUUGCAUGCUUCUGAAUUUUUGACUGAAAACUUACUUUUUGGAGUCAGUUCUAAGGCUAGUUUCAAAGAAUAUGAAAGCGAUGUUUCCAGAAGUGGCAAUGGACCAUUUAUUUCUACUGAUUCCGAAGGUAAAUCACACACCGCUACCUCAAUCAUUGAUCGUCUAGGAACUGCUUACGCUAUUUCUUUUAGUGAUACCGAAUCUGAUGGUACUAUUAUUACAGCUACCACAGAAGUAAUUAUUUCUACUGAUUCGAUGUAUGUCCCACAUACAACCAUUACAGUCAUUGAUGGUCCAGAAAGUCCACUUGCUAGUACAUUAAGCUCCGCAAAUAUUUCUACCGGAAUUAUCAAUACAUUAAGUAAUUCUGAUGAAAUAUUUUAUGCUAGUUCAUCUAUACUUGGUGGAAGUCUAAGCUCAAGAGAAUUUACCUCCGUGACAACUGAUGCGCCUCAAAAAAUUGCUAGUGAAAUUUCCAUUUCGUCUGAUAAAUCAAAAGGUAGACUGAGCAAUGCUACUGGUUUAGCUAGUAAAGAAGUAAAUACUGCAUACUCCACCGUAAUUAGCAAAAAUGAUAACAUCGAGGUCACAAAAUCUAAGUCGACUGAAAAUGUGGGAGCCAAUUUAGGUGAUGAAACGAAUAGUUUGACUACUGUUGACUUGAAAGAUCCUAAUUUGUCGAUAUAUAAUACCACCAUAAAAAUUUCAGAUUCUAUUGGGGUGUCGUGUAUACAGACAUCAGUUGUUGUUAUAGCGAGUGAUUCAGAGAGAAUAUUGACAGCUAUAUCAAUUAUAGAUUUGCCUCAUUCAACUACAAACGAGCCACUAUCACCUUCAGACCCACAUCAACGCAACGUGAAUACAUCGCUAGAUGAAUCCGUAGUUUCUAUUAUUGUAUCCACUGUUCAUUCACCUCCAAGUAGUACAGCUCCAAGGCCUAAUUGGAGUACACCUGAUGUUUCAUAUUCCUAUGAAAAUGAAGCAGGCAGUUUCGUGAUUAAAAAUAAUAAAUUACUUAUUCCAUUUACAGUGGUGUUUGUUGCUGUGUUUUUGCUUAAUUACAUUUGA